AUUUGUCGUGAACUGAAAGACUCGGUGAAGGAUGGAGGAAGAGGCUCGCAAGCUUUUCGAAGAAGGAAUAAGAAAGAAAUUGGUCAGUCCGGGUAAAGGAGAGCUGUCGACCUUCCCCAAUGGAACUAAGGUGAUCUUCCACUACCGCACCAGCCUGUGUAAUGGCACAGUGCUGGAUGACUCCAGAACCAUGGGGGGCCGCAGCAAACCCAUGGAGCUCAUUUUGGGCAAGAAGUUUAAGCUAGCUGUGUGGGAGAGAGUGAUCAUCACCAUGAAACAAGGCGAAGUUGCAGAAUUUACCUGCGACACCAAGCACACAGCACUUUACCCACUCGUGUCCCAGUCACUAAGAAACAUCAGUGCUGGUAAGGACCCCCUGGAAGGCCAACGGCACUGCUGCGGCAUUGCGCAGAUCCACUCCCAUCAUUCUUUGGGGCACAAGGACCUGGAUCAGCUUCAGGCCAGUCCACAGCCUCUUGUCUUCACAAUCGAGUUGCUGGAGGUUCUGCCUCCAGGCGCGUUCCAGCUGGAUGUGUGGGCUAUGACAGACGAAGAGAAACUUAAAUUUGUGCCUCAGAUCCACGAGGAGGGCAACAUGCUCUUCAAACAAGGUCAAAUUAAGGAGGCCACAGAGAAGUACUACAAUGGCGUUGCCUGCCUUAAAAAUCUACAGAUGAAGGAGCAUCCUGGAGAUGAAGCAUGGGUAAAGUUGGACCACAUGAUCACACCACUGCUCCUCAACUACUGCCAGUGCAAGUUACUCCAGGGCCAGUACUAUGAAGUAAUUGAUCACUGCUCAUCUUUGAUCUUCAAAUAUGAGGAUAAUGUGAAGGCCUUCUACAAGCGGGCUAAGGCCCAUGCUGCAGUGUGGAACGAGACAGAGGCACGAGCAGACUUUGCUAAGGUGUUGGAGUUGGACCCCUCUCUGGGACCAUCUGUAGCCAAGGAGCUAAGGGCAAUGGAGGAUAGGAUCCGCUCCAAGGACAAGGAGGAAAAGGGUCGCUACAAAGGCCUAUUCAACUACAACACACCACCAGCCACUGCCACUACAGGUUGAAUCUCUCAUUGGGUUGGAAACAAGAGGAUGUCUGUGAAUUUCAAGAUGGAGGAGAAACCGUAGACACUUCUGGUGUUUUAGUUUAUCCAUGAUGCGCUCAAGCCAAAAACUCUGCCACCCAGCUCUCCACGGUACACGCAGAAACAUUCUCACACACAGUCAGGUUGUACACACAAACGCACCCACAGUUCACUGAGGUGCAGUUUGCAUUCCUGCCUUAUUCUUCUAAACCCCCUCACUGAAAUUGUAACAUGCAGUUUUUGAUUAGGACAUGCUGACAUUAUCAGUUUGACUUUAAUAAAAGUUCAGAAUCCCAUAGUAACCUUAGAUCUGUAAUGGCCAGCAGCACCAGAAAUUCAGAGCAUUGUGGUCUUCAGUCUGACUGGAACUCUGAAUUCCAGCUUCUUGAGUCUUUACAAGGUUUCAGAAAUGUUAACAUUCCUGGUUAAAAAAAAUUGCUCACAGUAAUGGACUACCUACAGAAUGAUACCCCUGGCAACGGCUUUCACAGGAUUUGCAGAGAGAUUUUUCUUUUUGUUAUGAUUCAAUGAUGAAUUUAUCAAUAUUUGUGGAAAGUCAUUAUAUAGCUGUUUAUAUAGCAAAUGCCAAUUUGCCACAUUAUUAGAAACAAGUAGCUUGCGCAUUUAAUGUUGUAUUGCUUUCUUCUAAGCACGUGCAGAGCUGUUGGAUAAUCUUAAAAUUACUUGUAAUUGUGGCCCAGCAUGAAAAAUUUACAAUGGAGAUUCAGACAGAAAUGUUCUUCCUUCUCCUUUUUUUUUUGUUGCACAAGGAACAUCAUGUACUCACAUGCACACCUCUGCCUUGCACCGACAGACCACGUUUUCAAAUUGGUCACAUCAGAAGCACUGGAAUAAGCAGGAGACCAUUAUCUCCUAGUGGAUGUGACAAUCAUUAUGUAACACACAUGAACUUGUGUUGUCUUUGCUUUCCCUCGUGUACUUAAGUCAUAUGUAAGAAAUACUACAAUUAUGUUACUGUCAAGAUGUACUCACCAAAACCUCAGUAUCCCUUUCACUUGCUUAGACAGACCUGCUCAUUACUCUACAUGCAAUUCAGUGGGUCAUGAGCCUAACCCGUCUGAAGUGAGAUGUCAUUAAGGCUGUAAUUAUGUAACUGAAAAUAAAUUUGUUUAUCCCCAACUUAA